AUGCCCAAGCCGACGCGCACGACGAUUGCCGUGGCCAUCGCCUUUGUCGCUGUCGCCGCCUUCGGCGCGUGUGUCGCCGCCCUCGCCGGCUCCAUGUACGAUGAGCUCGUUAUGUUGCCGCACGGAGACAUGGUCGUGACGAGCAUCUUCACCACCAUCUUUGCUGCGCUUGGUCUCGUGCAUAUAGUUUGGACGCGGGGCGAUCCGUCGCACUUGUUGUGUCUCUUCCUUGUAUUUGCCGACUUGGUCUGCUGCAGCGUGCUCUUGGGCGACGCUGUCAACGCGAUUCCUCUCACGAUGCGAGCGAUCAAGAACGCGCCAGCGCUCACAACGUACCAGCACCGCAUGGAGGCGUUCUUCGCCUCGGACGCGUCGCGCCAGUACAACUACAGUCACACACUUGGUAGUGGCGUCGCCAACGCACCACGGAACCCCAUCGCCAGCGAGUACCCGUCCAAGGCCGCACAAGCUUUUGCGGACGCGUACUGCGUGAGCGAAGGCCACCGAUUUUGCAGCGCCUUUCCACUCGUUCAGACUAUCUUGUACCCGAGCAUGUGGCCCGACCCGAACGUGACGGCCGAGAUUGCACGCACCCUCGCGACGCUCCCGACGACGUUUCUGGACGUUCCGGUGACAGCGUCGACAACUAUCGACAGCUUCUGCGCCGCCGUCAACCUGGCGAGUGCGAGAAGCAAUGUCAUCGUGGCGGGAAUCGAGCGCGCCGAUGAAUUCAACCGUGACCUCAACAACCUCUGCCGAGGCUGCGCCGCGCUCUCCAACAUCGCGACCAAGUCCUAUGCGCUCGAUCGCUGGAUCCAUGCCACAUGCCCCAUGGAUGUGCCCAAGCCCACAGGCGCCUACUGCGUCGCCACCGCCCACUGCUCCGAGUACAAAAGCAAGAACGGGGACUACUACUGCUAUUUUUCGCCGUCGCUCUGGAUGCCUGAAAGGACGUAUUUGAACCCGUCGUACGACGCGUGCUUUGGUCACACGCUCAUGACGGUCGCGCAUCAGUACGAGCUGGCGGUUGCGAUUGCCGCGGGCACCCUCGUCGUCUUCUUGCUGCUCCUCUUUGCGCGUCUCUGGGUGCUCCACCGCGCGGAGAAAUUUCGCGAAGCCAUGCGCGCAGCCGUCGUACAAACGCCCGGCAACAAUGUCUAG